GGGCCCUCCCCUGCUGUGGGUGGUGGGGGGGGGGGGCGGGGGGUCUCUGGUCCCAGCCUCAAGCAGGAGGUCAAGUGUGUUCCCCCACACACAGGGGGAAGAGUUGGAGGGGCCCGCCCCGUGAUGUCACCCCCCCCACCCCCCCACAGCUGGUUGCUUUUAGUUCACGGGGCUUGGGCUGCGACUUGCAAGAGUUUUUAGGGGGCCACGAACUGAAUGGCCUUGGGGGUGCCGACGCCCGACAACCGCCGGGACACCUAGGACCUCCGGGCAGGGAUGCAGCUGGGGGUCCAGGGGAGCACUUCUACCCCCUUCCUCUCCUCAGCCCUGGCAGGGUGGUUUCCCGCACCCCUCAGGACGUCCAUGGAUGGAUGAGAGGAGCUGACAUUGACCUCCCCCUCUGGGACCACCUUCUCUUCCUGCCAUGGAGGAAGCUUUGCUGCCCCUGGCCAUGACCUCUGACCCCAGGCCCUUUAAUCAACAACUCCCAGAGCCUCCAGACCCAAGAUGUGUCUUGGAACCCCAGGACAACCCUGAACUGGCACCUGCCCUGGUGUGUGCUCUCUGCUGCUGCUUUGGAGUCAUCUACUGCUGCUUCGGUUACCGCUGCUCCAAGGCGGUGAUGUUCCUCUCCGGCCUGCUGGCAGGGGCUCUGGUGAUCUUUCUGCUGUGCCACAAGGAGCGGGUGCUGGAGACCCAGCUGAGCCUGGAGGUGAGCGCGGGCAUCGCGCUGGGCAUCGGACUCCUCUGCGGCCUGGUCACCAUGCUGGUGCGCAGUGUCGGGCUCUUCCUGACUGGCCUCCUGCUAGGCCUAACGCUGGGUGCCGGGGCCCUGCUGGGCACGGAACCCAUCUACCAGCCACCUUCAGCCUGGGUGCCGGCCGGGGGGCUGGUGGGGCUGGCACUGCUGGGAGCCCUGCUCACGCUUCGGUGGCCACGUCCGUUCACCAUUCUGGGCACAGCCCUGCUGGGCGCCGCGGUGCUGGUGGCCUGUGCUGACUAUUUCCUGGAAGGGCUGGCCCUGGGCAGUCGGCUAGGCCAACGCUUGCAGGCACUCCCAGCCUUGCCUCCUCUCUGCUGGUAUAGCUGGGCCUUGCUGGGGACUUGGCCAGCCCUGGGGGCUCUUGGGGCCCUGGCCCAGUGGAAGCUCGUGGACGAGGAACAUGGAGGCCACGCCAACGCAGUGGUGUUGAGCCACCAGCGAAGGCACCUCCAGCUCCUUCGCAUCCGUCAGCAAGAGGCCAAGUGGCACCGGACGGCCCCCGGGGUGGGGCUCUGUGAGGGCAGCUUCCAGAGGCAGCUCCCCCCCAGCGCCCGGAGCCCUGCCGACAGUUUGGCGCCAAGUUAUCUCCAGAGCCUUCGAGAUCGCCAACUGGGACCAGGCAGCCAGGCCACAGCCCCCCACACCAUCCUGGACCUGGAUUCUGGCUAUGGUUCCACUAUACCCCUCACCACACCUUCUGGUUCCACCCAGACCUGACCCUAAACCUCCACUGAUACCCCUGUGCCCCUAGCAAGGGCCUGGGAGCACGAGGUGGGCAGGACCGAGCCCACAGGACUCACACACAAACUUCCCCGCCUCUUAGACCUGGGGAUGGGAUCUGUGCUCCAACCUAGACCAGACCCGUAGGGAGAGGCUUCAGAGACAGAGGAAUCUUGGGGAGGGGAGAGGAAUGGACGUAUGAGUAGCUACGUCUGUCAAUAAUAGAGGUGCCCUGCUCCCUAAAGUAACUGACUCCCUAAUUCCCUCCACAUCAAGGGUGGGGGACGACCUUCCCCAGAGAGCCUUUUAUAUGCCUGCCUCCGUGUGCCACAAAAUGGUAAAGUAAGGGGUUUUGUUUCUGUAGGAACUGUAGGAAAUCAGGAAGCCUCCUAAAGCACUUGAUAGCUAUUUUUUU